AUGCCUCAUCCUCUACAAAUUCACACAGAAGGGAAUGCGGAUGCAAGUGACUUAAGUGUUUUACCUUCCGUGGUAGGUGAAGAAGCCACCGAAGUAGGUUCAGAAAAGUCAGAAGGUGUUUUAGGUGAAGGGGGUGCCCUAUCUCUGUAG